GCGAGCAACGGCUGUGAUCCUGGCAGAUCCUUGUUUCCAGCUCCGUUCUAUUCAGUACUUACUGGGUCACACGGAGCCUUUAGUGCUGGGAAUGACAUCAUCUUCUGCUGACAAGAAACAUUUCUCCCUGCAGAGCUACACUGAUUAUAUCAGCCAAGAAGAGCAAGCCAAGGUGGAGCAAAUGCUUGGCCACCUCAGUGAAGAAUCCAAGCAAGCUGCAGCUGCCACUUUGCCCACUAGUGAAGAAGACUUGUGUCCAAUCUGUUAUGCACAUCCGAUCUCUGCUGUAUUUAAGCCAUGCGCCCACAAAUCAUGCAAAGCCUGCAUCAACCAGCACCUGAUGAACAAUAAGGACUGCUUCUUCUGCAAAGCCACCAUCACAGGAGUGGAUGACUACAUUAAACCAGCCACCUCCUAGUGCCUGGACCCUGCAGGGCAGGGGCCGCAUGCCUGGGCAGCUUCUCCCCACAAAAGACUCUUCCCCCCCCUCCAAGAGCAUCUUGUCAAAAGUGGCUGGUGUUUUUUUUAGCACAGCUGAGUUCAGUUUUAUGACACCUCUUGCAGAACACACACAUCUGUAUGCGUCACCCAGGCCAAAUUGUAUUCUUCAAUCCUAUUGAAUUUAGGCACACUUCCUGUUGCCGUCAUCGACUCAAAAAUAACAGGUAUUGGGCUUUCCCUAUGGAAUACGCGCAUAGGGGCUUAACGUGGUCAGGUUCUCUACCUCAGCCUGAAUCCAUAGCUCUUAUCCUGCAUCUACCCUAGGACCUGUGUCUUGUACUGUAGCUGGGACACAUCCUCUUUGAUGAGGUGCUCUCCAUGGUAGAGUAAAAAUGGAUUCUCUGCAGCCAGCAUCUCUCCUGUGAGUCCAGCUACUCACUAGCCAAGUGUGUUCUGGCAGCAUUUUGCUGUUUGAUAAUGCAUGUGUAGCUAGACUUGGUUCAAAUAUUUGUGUGGGCAUACCCUGCAGACACCAUAUCACCUGUAGCAUCCGAUGUGAUAGUUCUGGAGAUUGUCAGGCAAUACUCUACUGUGCAGUCAAAGGCGGUGCAUGUGAGUGAAAGAUGGUGGCACCUAUCUGCCUAAAAAUUUGAAUCUGUUCGAGUGUCUGGCUCCUUUCCUUUGACGGCAAGGGCAGCUAAAAAACAGACGCUAGGCCAGGCUUUGGGGGGAGGGGGAGAAGGACUUAGUGACAGAACAGAGAAUAAAUGCAGCCUAGACCACGAGGAGUUUGAUCAUGGGAAAGACCAGGUUCAAUAGGACCAAUAUUUGGUCCCUGUGUUAUAUAAGUGGUUGGGAGAAAUAUUCACCGAUUGAUAUUGUAGGCUACAGCAGAGGCGAACCUGAUUGCACUGCUAUCUUCCACCAGCAGAAAGUGCCUGUGGCACACACCCUAUACUGUGUCACUAGGUUGCCCGUACAAUUCAGGAGCAGACAAGGAUUUUUAAAACAAUUUACUGUGUGUGACUUGUAUCCAGAAAUGUCGGGGAGGGUAGCAAACAAGGAACUUAAUUUAAGUGCAUAUAUGAUUGUCUCUCUUCCCCUCCCCCUUCCCAACUGGAAGGGGGCAUUACUUCCAUAAAAUAAAAUAUUAAAUUAUUAUUCCUUAAAGCUGUCAGAUGCAUAUUCUCCACAUUUCCAAGGUAUUAUU